AUGCCGUAUAAAAGAGCUGCGGAAAACGUGUCCAAUAGUGCGGUUCAUCUAUUACAGGACACUUUAUUAUCUUACAAUGCCAGAACUGAGCUGUGUUCGGCGCAAAAAGAAUUUGUUUGUCCCGCUGCCCCUUGUAAUCAUGAAUGUAAUACAAGUGUAAUGAAUCACCAAAAUCAUCAUAGUUCCACGCGAAAGAGGGACGCGAUGAGAUAUUCUCAUGCAGCGGAUGCACUCUCGAUAACAAAAUACAUUCUCGUAUUCAUUAAUCAAAUGUUAGGAUUAAUAACCACCGACUGGAUAACAAAUUCUUCAUGGAGGAGAUGGCGAACUUAUUUUCCUUUCUUAGUUUGCCUAUUUUGUGUGACGCAGUGUUCAGCUCGCACUUGCUCAGUUGGAUUAAGCACACCGGGAUGGACUUGGCCACAAGGUGAUAUUAUUAUCCAACAUGGUAAACCACUCAGUAUGCUGUGUCUAUUGAAUGACACUAUCGUAAAACGUGACUAUCCUAAUAAAGAUGCAGGAAAUCUCCGAUUCUUUCGUAAUAAUCAAGAACUGAAAUCGGAAUUCGUCACGGUAAUUAAUGAAACUACGAUAGAGCUGUUUAUCAAAACACCACCACCCUCCGACGAUAUGUACAAUUGCAAGUUGCAAGUAAAGGAAAACGACUAUAUAGCAGUUUGUCUCAAUAAAGUUGUAGUUGGAUAUCCACCUCAAAAACCUAAACAUUUUGACUGUGUUUCCUAUAAUUGGGAAAGCUUUAAUUGCACAUGGGAGCCAGAACAUAAUUUCGUCCAUACAAAAUACGAUUUAAUGUUCCAAUUAUCUGGAAGAUCAGGAGCAAUGUAUUACUGUCCACUUGCAACAACAGAAGAGAAUUCAUGCACGUGGGAUAUAUAUUCCGAUCCAAUAUAUAGGCAACCGUAUGCAGUUUAUAUUUUCAUAUUGAAAGUAUCUAAUCCUUUUGGGGAACUCAACUUUACAUAUCGUGUCCCGCAUUAUCCUAAUGUUAUUCCGGCUAAACCUUACAAUCUUACCUUAAUAAACAAAACAUCGGAAAGUGCACUGUUGCAUUGGGAACUCCCCUUUCCAAUGGCGACAUUUCCAGUUGGUGUUCAUCAUAAAAUUAUGUAUCAACAUCAAUGGGAUCAUGAAAAAGAUUGGAAGGUCAUAAAUAUUACGCAUCCUGAGAAUAGAGAGCAAUGGCUUUACAAUCUUACCGGAUUAGAGUACGCUAACACAGUAUAUGAUGUUCGAAUUUAUUUAAAAAGCUCGACAGCUGUAAGACCGGACCGAUGGAGUGAAUUUAGUGUUGUUACAUUCAGGACGUCAUCAAAAUUACCUAGUGCUGCACCGCGAACUGACAUCGGUAGCUUCGAAAUUGCUGAAAAUAAUGGAAACAGGGACGUAUAUUUGUACUGGCAAGCGAUACCACAGAAUCAAGAAAAUGGCGAUAAUUUUAAGUAUCAAAUUAUUCACAUGGAGGAAAAUGGCCAGAAAGUUGCACUUACACCAAGUGAAACAACUAGGACAUAUGCCAAAUUGAAAGGAAUCAGCCUCAAUAGUUACCUGUUCGAGAUCGUUUCAACGAAUGAAGUCGGAACUAACAACAGCCGUGCGAGAAUAUACGUACCAAAUCAGAAAAAAAUACCACAUGAACCAAUAGCGUUCACGAAAAUUGAUUUUGAAAAUGGAUUGUAUGAAUUAUCUUGGAAGCCACCGUUCGAAGAUUAUAACAUCAAGAAUUACACAAUCUUUUGGUGCGACAAUGAACGUGAUCGUCCUUAUCAGUGUACCGGUUACUUGGACUGGGUGCACGUGCCUAAAAAUACUAUGAUCUACAACAUAACAGUACCGAAUCCGUCCAAGGUAUACCAAUUUGCAAUCUCCGUCAAUACUGAGAGAGGUAGCAGCGGCAUGAUAUGGUCGUCAUGUACGGUAAUUCAUAAUAAGGUGCUCGGCAAAAUGAAGUCUGUUUGGAUCAAUCGCAUUGGAUCGCACUUUAUCGAAGUCGGUUGGAAGCCUGAUUGUUCAGAUCGCAUUGGGAUAAUUGAAGGAUUCAAUAUCUACUACUGUCCCAUAGUAUCACCAAUGAAUGUCAACUGUAACGGUCCCAUGUUUAAUAGUACCAUCAAGGCGGACGCACAUACGAUACAUGGCAUUGUCGAUAACCUGAAGCCCUACACUACGUACAUGCUGAGUGUCGCGGUGCUGACGAAGAGCGGUGAGGGUCUGCGUAGUCAUCCCCUGUAUAAUACCACUCUCGAAGCGGCGCCCAGUACCCCACCGGCAAACGUGAGAAUCACUGACUUGUCCAACACGACAAUGUAUAUCUCAUGGAAAAAGCCGACGACGAUGAACGGUGUGCUCAGAUAUCAUGAAGUUUACUAUAAUGAUCAAAUCAUUAGAGUGGAUGAUAAGGAUUACAUCAAACUGAUGGGUUUAAAGCCGUAUACGAAAUAUUUUAUUAGUGUUUCCGCUUGUACCGUUCAGUGCAGUGAAAAGUCAUCGAUGAUAGAUAAUUUCACGAGAAUUGGCGUGCCUGGCAAAAUCAUGAUUCCUUUAGUACGCUUUGUAAACUCCAGCCAAGUGAUCAUCCAGUGGGAACCACCGCAAGAACCAGCCGGUCCAAUAGAGCAUAUGUAUUACGAAAUAGAGUAUGGAAAUGGCUUGAUUCAGAACGUUACGAGAACAGAAGUGCAAUUGCCCAUUCCCGACUGCAAAAACGUCGAGCAUCGAGAGCAGAAGCACAGAUUCCGAGUUAGAGCUAUUAACACCAAUCUUAACGGUGAAGUUUUGAAAGGAUCCUGGUCCGACUUUGGGGAGGAAAAUUGUUAUAAUAAUGGUCUUUCAGUCUAUUAUUAUUAUUAUUAUUAUUAAAAAAAGCAAACACGACACACACAAAUUGCGGCUGAUUUAAUUUUAUGUGAACACGUUUGCUUAUAAAA